CCGUAUUUUACAGAUGCGUUGAACCGAACACUACGAUGGAAGCUGAAAAAUUGAGAGAUAUUGUACUCAACGCUCAGCAGCCAUACGUGAUAACGAAAAAGAAGUUACCGUGGAACUGUUUCGAAUUAACUUUGGAAGAGUGGUGCCAUUUGUUUGAUAGCUCCAGCAAAGAUCUAACACCCUUUGCUGGAAGCACAUUGGUCGGUGUGGAAAACCAAGUAUAUCAUACUGUUUUAGAACCUGGCAUGGCGCUAAUCGUCCCACCAAAAUGGUGGCAUUUUGUGGAAAAUCUCGAACCGUCCCUUAAUUUCAAUACCUGGUUAAGUUUGGAAAAGGAUGUUGAUUCGCAUAUAUCGGAGUGCAUUACGAAAAUAUUAGUUCAAGACAUCUGCAAUGGACUUCCCAAAGAUAUGCACCAAUUUGUAUUGAAUCCAAAUGAGGACGAAAUUUUGUCACAAAGUAGCAUCGAUGAAUCGUACGAAAUACUGAAUUAUCUACUUAACUUGAAGCGGACUAACAAGCAGCUCUGCUCAGAUUUGAAAAGGUAUCCUUCUGGAUACAUCAGCAGCGACGAAUUCGGUAAAUUGGUCGAAGCUUGUGAAUCAGAAGUAAAAGCUGUCCCUCUUCUUGAUCCCUGUGAUUUUUUCCAUAUGAUGAAGAAAAAUAGUUCUCGCUAUGAUCCAGCCCUUGACCUCCAGUAUACCGCAAGUCAAACGGAGCGUUUGGAUAGAAUAAGCAAUGUGAUCAAUAUAAAUUGUGAUCCGGAUACAGUUGCGCAUAUUGAAAAGAUGUUAUAAUGUACAUUAUGUGUAAAACAUAAAUAGACAAAGAAGAUUAGGCAGUUAUGACUUUAUAUCGAGGAGUAGUUUAAUUAAACGGACUUCUUGUAAACAUGUUGUUUUCUAUUCGU